UCCAUACUAAAUUUAUUAGUGUAUUUUUUACAUUAUGUUAGCGGUACUCUCUCGUGUUAAAGUCUGAUAUUCAGUGUAACUUGCUACUCCUUAUAAGGUUAUUACUGAUUCCCCUUAAUGCAUUUGACGCUGCCUUCACGUGCUCAACAGAAACACGUGAUUUGUAAAUAUUCGCAGGGAUGAGUAAGUUAACUAACUAAAAAGCAAAUGUCUUCAAUAUUGUUGUAAUGUUACACGCUCUACCUUAACUAAAGCAAAAUAGGUAGAAUUUACAUUCACAUAUCGACCUGAAUGAAUGGUUUUUGCUUAAAUGUUGAUUCUGGAUCAUUUUGCGGAUUCAAAGUUGUAGCACAGAGGUCUUUAUGAGGGUAAUGAAACAUCCACUAAACCUCUGCUGUUGUCGAGAAUCUGCAUGCUAUUUCCACGUCUGUCUGGUAACCUAAUGUCCAUAUGUAACAAGUCAAACUUUCUAUAUCCGACGUUUCAUGAAGGCAUCAUUAGAGCUUCGUGCUUCAACUUGACUCCUCCUCGCCUCUGUAUAUUAAUUGAAAUGCCUGCAGGCGAAGAGGAGGUGAGUGCAGUCCCUUGUGCCCAUCACAGCCUGAAUUUUACUUUCUGACCACCUUUUUUACUGGAUCAGUGAGGGGUUUUUUUGUAGUGUGAGGACUCCCUGCGCCAUCAUGAAUCCGCCCUGUGGAAGAUGCAGUAAACCAGUUUACCCCACAGAAAAAAUAAACUGCCUUGAUAAGUAUUGGCACAAAGGUUGUUUCAGCUGUGAGGUAUGCAAGAUGGCUCUGAGCAUGAACAACUACAAAGGCUUUGAGAAGAAACCUUACUGCAGUAUGCAUUACCCCAAAACCUCCUUCACUAUAGUGACCGACACCCCCGAGAACCUGCGUCUCAAACAACAGACCAUGCUCAAUAGCCAGGCGCUCUAUAAGGAGGACUUUGAAAAGAACAAGGGGAAAGGUUUCAGCGUGGUGGCCGACACUCCGGAGAUGCAGAGAGUGAAGAAGACGCAAGACCAGAUCAGUCACGCCCUUUACAAGGAGGACUUUGAGAAGAGCAAGGGGAAAGGUUUCAGUGUCGUGGUUGACACUCCGGAGAUGCAGAGAGUGAAGAAGACGCAAGACCAGAUCAGUAACAUUAAGUACCAUGAAGAAUUUGAGAAGAGCAAGAUCCGAAGUGAUGCGCCUCCUCCUGAAAAUAGGCAAGACUAUGCAGAACAACCAUCCAACCCUGAGAGAUACAACCAACCAGCCGGACAAAUUCGCCCUCCUGUUGUAGCACCAUCCAGUGGAGGGAGGCGCUUCCAGGCCAUGUACAGCUACGCGGCAACAGAGGCAGAUGAAGUUUCUCUCCAGGAGGGCGAUCUGAUCAUGGAUGUGGAGCCGAUAGACGAGGGAUGGGUGUUCGGAUGCAACCAGCGCACGGGGCAGCGAGGGAUGCUCCCCGCCAACUACGUCCGACCUGUGUGAAACAAACAGACAUCAGGCGGUCCGCUAUCAGCAUGUGGAUCUGCUGUCAACACUUACAAGCUUCCUCUUUAAUUUAAACUUUUGCAAACUAAAAAAAAAAACAAACAUCCCUGUCUGGUUCUGCUUGUCAGAAACAUGAUUUUCUAAAAAGUUAAUUGGAAAAUAAUACUGAAAAUACUGAAGGUUGAAGUGAAAACGUUUAUUAUAAAAACUUGAGAGCAAGACAGUGAAAAUACAUUCAAAAAGCCUGAAAAGAUAAUGAAUAAACCUACAUUAUACAUAAACCUACUUUACACAUCUAAAUUUUUGUCUUUCUCAGGUAACAUUUACUGUUGGCAGCCCUGACUUUAGUAUCAAAUCACUGUGUAUCGUCUUAAAUGUAAGUUCUGCCACAUUGAACAACCAAAGAACUUGAUUUGAUAUAUUAUACUGAGAGAGAAAAAUCAUACAGCUCCUUUGAUUAAAUAAAAGUAGAAUAUUUAA